AGCCCUGAGGCCCCGGUGCCGGCCCCGCGGCGGGGAUGCCCGGCUGGCAGCGGGCUGGCAGCGCCGGGCUCCGCCAGGAUGAAGAAACACAACUCGGUGCAGGGCACCUUCAGCCGCCUCUUCGGGAAGCGCCAGGCCAGCCCUACCACCCCCUCCCUCUUCGCCACCAACCCGCCCUGGAUCUUCACCCAGGAGGUGACCUCGGACAGCGCGGGGGGCACCGGUGAUGUGAUUGAGGUGUAUUAUGGUGACAACCGCUUUGGGACAGUGACAGACUCUGGCACAGCAACGCUCAAACCUCGUCCGAGGGUCCGCCCGCUCCUGACUUUCCUUCCCCUGAAUGCCCAAGAAUCCCAUGGGGUGGCUGUGCCAACACCGUCAGUGCCAGAAGACUUUGAGGAAAAAGCAGCUCUUGGCUCCAGCUCCCAGGUCAAUGGAAACCACCGAAGGUACAGCUCGGUGGGGGACCUGCGCCCACAGGCUCUGGAGGGGGAUGACCUGGAGGAAGACAUUCCUCCACCACCAUCAGUACCCCCACCACCCCCUCCAACAGCUCCUGCACCACCAUCUCCAGCCUCACCGGUCCCUCCACCACCUGAAACGCUGCCUCCACCACCACCACCACCACCACCUGAGGCAGUGCCACCACCUCCUGCCAUGGCACCUCCGCCACCUCCAACCUCUGCCCUCUCCUCGCCCAGCACACCGACUCCUCCAGAUUUCAUCCCACCAGCCCCUCCGGGUGUCUCACCCCUCAGCCGGGCCCCAGCACCCUUCACCUCCGGGAUGUCCAAGUGGAAGUCUGAGACGGUGCUGAACACGAGGCAGGCAGAUGCCGAGGGGCUGCUCUGCCCUGCCCAGGAUGGGGUGACAGCCGCCCCCAGCCCAAAGGAGACCCCGCAGCCCAAGCACUGCCCCGAGCCCCACCUCACCUUCCCCAGGUCCUUCAAGGUGCCUCCACCAGCCCCAGCCCGGACCUCCUCCAUCCCUGUGCAGGAGACCCAGCCUGCCCACCAGGACCCCUUCCCCAGGCAGCCCCACAGCCGCCCUCCCCUCCCACCCUGCUUCACCAUCAGACCCGCAGCCAAGGCUCAGGCAGGGAGAGAAGCUGAGCUGAGACAGGGUGGCACCAAGCCAGCAGUGCCAACCCCACCACCGCUCAGCCCCAAGCCAGCUCUGAGGCCUGACCAAGGGAUAACCCCUGCCGGGUGCCGCUCCACACCGCCAGCCUCCGAAACAGAGAAGAUUCCCCAGCCAAAACCAGCCCGGAGAGACUCUCCUCCAGAAUCAGAGUUUCUCUCUGCCAAUGACCUGGACCUCCCCCCUCCUGACUACCCCACCAGUGAGGAUGACUGGAGGGACUCCAGCAACCUGAGCAGGCUGCGGAAUGAGCUCUCGGCCCUCCUGCGCUCCCCACGGAAGGAGGAGAGACUCACGGAGAAGCCAUCUGCUCCCCGGCCCACAGACAGCGGUACCGACCGUGCCAGCAGCCAUGAGCCCAGCUCCAAUGGACUCCAACUCACUGGUCCUGCUGGGAAGGACUCGCAGUCACCUGCAGGCAGGGAGAGAGAGAAGAAGGAGGUGCCCAGCAGCCCCCCCAGUGCCCCGGGGGGCUCUCCCAGCACCGCACUCCCUGCUCCAGAGAGCAGCAGUGCCACGCAGCCCCCCAGUGUGAUGAGGAUCAGGAACGAGCUGGAGGCUGUGCUGUCUCUGAAGAAAGAAGGGAAGGCAGCCCUGGGAGUCGGCAGCCAGAAGCAGGGCACCGAGGAUGGCAGCAGCACCCCACGUAUGAGGAAGAGCCCCCCUGAACCUGCCGACUCGGUGCUGCCAGAACCAGCCCGCAGCCUGCUCCCGGCAGCUGCGGUGGAGAAGGAUGAGGCAAGGCAGGAGGACCAUGAUGUUCCUGUCACCAGGAAGGUGACAGAAAGCUUGAUUCCUUCUCCCGGGUCCCUCAGCAGCAGUGCGAGUCCCCCAGCCCCACCUCAGGGCCCAGCAGAGGAGCCCCCUGCUCCCACCUCCCUCUCGCCCCCCACUUCUCCUGCACAGAGCUCAGCUCUGCAGCCCAGCGCGGCCAUCUUCCAGUACAAGGUGCACCAUGCUGGGCCCAGCUCUGCUGAACCACCCAUCCCCACGGGCUCAGCCAGGAGCCCUGUGGGUGCCUCAGGUGUGGGGCAGGAGGACGUUCUGAUCCACCCGGUGACAGGUGAGCGGGUGGAGCGGGGAUCCCCCAUGGCGCUGCUGCUGGCUGCCCGGCAGCGUGCCCAGCGGGGCCGGCACGGUGCUGAGGCGGGAGCAGGAGCCACCGCCUGGGAGAAGCCAUCCCUGAAGCUCGGCAGUGCCUCGUCGGACACCACCUCUACCACCAGCUUCUUCCGGAGUGAAUCCAAGCCCUACUCCUUCACUGUGGUGCCCCGGAUACACGGGGCAGGUUCCGCCAUGUCAGGACACGCCAGACCUCUGUCCUUCUCCAGCUCCUCAGAUCAGGGCCGGGACGUGCGGGCAGCGGGCGAGGGGCAGCCCCUCAGCCUCCCCGGGCUCCAGCGAACAGCAGCCUCCAGCCUCCUGCGGGGCCUCCUUGGGUCAGGGCAGCAGAACCAGCCCAUCCCAUCCCACCAUGGCGUGCCCAGGGAGGAGGAGGAGGAGAACGGGGAGAUGGUGCUGGACUAUGGGAUUAUCCCUCCACCCCCAGAAUUUAGCAACGAAGCAAAUGAAGUCGAGGAACCUCUCCCAAGUCGGGAGGAGAACCGCAAGUGCCCCAGCUUCCCUGACUGCAGCCGGGGCUCCUCCGAGCCGCGGUACUACAGGUGGGCUGGCUAUGGACGUGUCUAUGGGGGCAGCCAUGAGCUGUCGGCCCCGCUGUCCUCGGAAAAGAGCAGAAGGAACGGGGACUUCUCACCCCAGCACCCCGACAGCUCCACCGGUUACCUCAGCCGCUGCCCGAACCCCCGCCCGCUGAUCAAGAAGCGCCUGUACGUCUCUGAGCCCGACAGCUCCUACCCCCGGGGCACCGCAGCUCCCCGGGGCACGGGCACCCUCUCCUCCUAUGCUUCUGGGGGGUACAGCACCCCAGCUGGGGAUGGGGUCCGUCGCCUCAGCGCUACCCACAGGAACGGCCCCAUUGGAGCCCCGGGCAGGCGCACGUCCAUCGAUAGCACCGGGAAGGCCGUGCUGUACGGCAGUGCUGGGGCAGACACCAAGUACAAGGGGCAGAACGGGGACUUCUCACCCGCCAGCACGGUGGCAGCCAGCAGACCAGCCCACAGCAGCUCGCAGUACAGUGGACCCACCAACACCUUCACGGUCCGGCCCGGAGCCCGGCAGCCCAUCUCCUACGUCUACCAGAGCGGGCACCGAUAGUCUGUCCCUGGGACAGCCCCACCACCUUCAUCCAGCUGGGAAGAGGUGAGAAGAUGCCUGUGUUGAUCAACUCCUCCUCUGCUGGCACCAGGAACAGUUCCAACCCUGCUUGAAACUAUUGACUGAGAAGGUGGAGAGUGAACCUGGGACUUGGGCUCUACCCAAAAGACUGUCAUGGAGAUUAGUUACUACGGAGAGCUGGCUGCUGUCUUGUUACGUGAGCAAACAGGGUUUUCCUUUUUUCUAUUUUUCCCCUGUAUUAUUUUUGCAGCCUGAUAGGUCUUCUAAGAAAGCCAAAAAGCAUCCUUAGUUCUCUUUAAAGAGAUUUUCUUUGACUGGUUUAAAUCCAACAUGCUUGGGAGUAGGGAGAUAUGCAGAAUGGAAGCCAGCCAGUGCAUAGCCAAAUGUGGGGGAAUUAAAAUAAUAAUGUGAGGCCAAUGGGAUAGAAAUAGAGGUUAGGGUGUCUAGAUCCCCACCUCUUCUGUCCCCACCUCCUUCAGCAGCCUUGAGCAAAACAAUUAUGCUGAUGCCUUAAAAACAGCUCCUGGCUUUCAGUGUCUGUCCUGCUGAGCCAGGGGCAGCUCUGAGCAGAGGGCUGAACCCCUUCUCCAGGGAGCAACACGGGGGCAGCAGCUUUGGGAGCUUGGGCUCUUGCUUUCCUGUGCCUUUUGGUCACUGUAAGUGUUUCUGUUGGUGAUUACUCCUUGUGAAAGAAGGCUGUAAAGAUGGCUGUAAAGCUCUUUAGAGAGUUAAGACAUUGAGCAAUCCUUUUCCUUUAUCAGUGGGUGGGUGACACCAAAGGUGCUGUGCUGGUGGUGCUUUCCUUGAGGGCUUUUACCACUUCACACACACACACAACAACCCCACCUCUAAAAGCCAACCACAGAGUCCUUAUAAAAAACUGCUGUACUGAGACUUGGCUUGGGGUUGUCUGAUUUGGGGAACUAAGAGGCUGGAUUUGGGUGUGAUUGUAGAGUAUUUGAUGCUCCUGGUAUGUGGAAUGUCUGCAGGGACAUCCCUCAGCUCCCACUCUUUCCAGAAGUGCUUGUCUGGGAGCUGGGGGUGCUCCUCCUGCCAGUGCCUGUCCGAGGGAGUGAGUGAUGGCUGUGGGGUGGGAGAGAGGAGUAGGAUCCAAGAGGGGAUUUUAUGCUACAGAGCAAGCGAUGCAGUCUCAUGAUAGCUGACCAAAUGAAUAGCCAGCUUCCUGACAUUAGAAAUAAUCUUCCUCGCAGGCAAGCUUGCUGAAAACCACUGUAAGAUAAGUGUAAAAACUUGUAGAGAAUGUUUUCUAAUCACUGACAAACUAAAAGCACUUUGAGACAUUAGUCUACUUCUGUGGAAAGCACUUUCUGUUUUCAAUGCUAUACAAUAUUAUUUCUUCCACUCCAGCUUAUCCUGUGUUGCACACACGUGUGUGUGCAUCUGAGCAGAUUUUUUACAGUUCAGACCAAAAUUCAGUGAUAAAUUUUCCUUCAUGGUGGAUUUUUCAAGAGUUCUCUUGAUGUUAAUACCACGUCACUGGCGUUCUGUGUUUUAUGUUAUUUCCAGCCCAACAACAGCUGUUUCAAACAGCUUCAGAGUUUUCUGAACUCUACUUUGCUGUGAAUAAAAUGAAAAUGCAAAUAUCACAAUUGGUCUGAUAGCUAAUUCCAAUGGCUUUUUAAUGCCAUUAAGUUGCAGUAAGUUGCAGAUUCACCAGUUUAACUUGAAACAAAACAAAGAAGCCCCUCUGACAAUAUAAAGUAAUAUAAAGUUGGGGUUUUUUUCCCUGAUAAUUUUUUUCCCAAAAUAAUGCUAUAACUGCAAAUUAAUUCUCAAAAGCAGUUUUGAAUUUAAAUGUUUGUAUUUUGUUGUUGGUUUUGUUUGUUUGUUUGUUUGUUUAUUUAGAGAAAAACUGCUUGGAAGUUCAUCUUUACUGUUUCCCCCAGACAUGCAAUUCCUGUGUAAUUGUAAGCAUAGGGUGCCUUAUUUCCAGCAUUGUGUUAAGUAGCAUGGAAAUGUCAGUCAGUUGUAGGAAAUAGCCAUUAUUCAUACAAAGAACACCCCUGCUGGGACUGCAGAGUGGACUAAGCUGGGAUGAAAUCAGGUAGGACUCUGCUCACAGUUGUCAGACUGGUUAGCAUCAAUGUUGUAAGCAGGGGAACUAUUCUAUUCUAUCCUAUUCUAUCCUAUUCUAUCCUAUUUCUAUUCUAUUUCUAUUUCUAUUUCUAUUCUUUUCUAUUUC